GUUCAUUUAUAGAAAAAUUGUUUACUAAAUUUUCAAAAAGCAUAAAUGCAUUUUGUGGAACUAAAGCACUAGAUUUUCUAUGUACUAUACACUAAGCCUCUUCGCAAUUUUGCUCGGUGCCACAGUGCAAAAUGCAAAGUCCCGCACCAUUACGAUUUCCGUCAACAUGUCCCUAACGAUGGACGAGGAACGACAUAGAGAUUUACUGGAAGCGCGCCAACAACAACUGCAACAAGAGCAAGCGCGUCCCGCACUCACCGCCGCUGUACUGCGUUCGUGUAUGAAGGAAACCGAACUCUCCAUGGCGGAAUUGCAUCGUUUUCGACUGAGUUUGCUCUCUCGUGAUCCUGAAGUACUUAACGGCACCAAUGAUCCGACAACUGAGCUACCAAAUCUGAGUGUAAUGGAAGAGUUCUCUGAAUACUCAGAAAUAGAUGGCAUUGUUUAUGAACCUGAGGUGGAAAUAAAUGCAUCCCAUGAUAAUGCGCUCGAAUACGAAGAUCCGUUCACAUUCAAAAGUAAUGAAAAUACUGAUGAAUCAUUGCAAUGCUUCGCCUACUGUCUCUACGAGCAAUUGGGUCUCAUCUCGAAAGGUGUUUACAUGGAAGAGGAGCUCUUCGCCAAGUUGUAUGCGAUUGUCGGCCGCGAACGUCAUUUGGUGAAGGAGUGUAUGAAUUUAAAUACAAAUAAUAAAUGUGAAUCAUCAUACAAAAUGCACUUGUGCUAUGCACGUUUAAAGACACUGGAAGAAGAGAAUCGUUUACGCAAGCUCAUGGAGGAUGCAUACAAUGGUGAAAGAGACGACGAGGAGAGUGAAGAAAUACCGCAAGCAGAAACUACGCAGGAAACGUACGUUAUGAAUGAAAUCGGACAAACUGAGUCUACAUUUCCAGUUGAGGAGGAUGCCAUAACUGAAAAUGUUGGUAUUAAGAAGAAGUUGAAGAAGCUGAAAAAGAAGUCGAAGCGAGUCGAUGCAGAUGCAAAGUUCAGUGAGAUGAUGCAAAAUUGGGCUGAGUCUUAGUGGAGCAUAAUAGUGUGAAACUUUUCAAUAAUUAUUGGAAAGUUGCUCUGUUUAUUAUAAAAGUAAUGAAAUAAAAUUCAGUUCCAUAUAAGAAUAGUAAUACAAGCAGUUGCUCAAAAGAUUAUUUUAAUGUUGACUUUUCUCGCGUAAGGAAAUGAUAAGGGUCUUUACAGAACCUGUCGAAUGAAUAUAUGGCUAUCAAGCCAAUUUGUUAAGAGGAAAUCGUUGUACUUUUGUAAUAUUCCUGGUGUUUUAAAGCUCGGUAGUUCGUAAAUACUUUUCAUAUGAUCACUGCAACCUCGUUGGACUUUUUGGAAGGAACAGCUAUUUAUAUUUUAUUCACUCCACAUUCCCAAAAGCACUCUUCCUUAACAAAAAGAUCCUGGAGAGCCAUUCAAUCUGACCUAAAAAUUUAACAAUCUAAACAAUAAGUACUUAGAA